AUGGACUAUGAAUCCAACAAUGAUCAACCUUGGAGAAAUCCAUUCCCGCCGCUUCAUGUCGAUACCGGCACCAACAAGAGAGACCUCGUCUCAGACGAUGCUCAUGAACCUUCUCCGCCUGAAGACGUGUGGACAAGCGAAAUGGACCGCAAAACAAAGAAGCGGAUUCAGAACCGUGUCGCACAGAGGACAUAUAGAAGUCGGAUGCGGCAACGGGUGCAGGAUUUGCAACGAGAGAUCUACGAGAUGCGGACGGGGCGGCAACUGCUAGGGGAACAGCACCACCAAUUCUCCGAACCUCCUUCCGGUUUUGGGGCCCUGGACGGUAACGGUGGUUCGGCAUACUGGAAUGCUCCUCCAGGACCUAAGUCGCAAUUAUCGAUUCGCGGAGUUCAGACAGCGAAGGACGCAGGACCCACCAGUACGCACCCUGACCAUCAUGUUGCUUCCAACGCGUACGACAUGGGCACGGAGUUCUGGAUGAGCAUUCCUGGUGACCCUCUGUGGAACGGCGCGGACCCGCGACGAGGGAAGCAACCGUUCCCGCCAUCUCCAUUAUCGUCUUCUGACACAGUUUCUGACGGGACCCAACUGCAACCCACGCCGGUCACCGCAUUGUCGAGCGGACCGCGGCUCUCCCUCACUCCAACGGCUCCACGUACACCGACAAGCCAAGACACUGACCCGAGACAGCUGCUAAAAGCAUCGCUAGGCCAAGAGCGAACAGAUAGUAUCAGAAGCGUUACGGAGCUUAGCUCACCUCAGAGCUUGUUCGGUCCAUGGUCGUGCAGCGGGAGCCUGCUCCCUGUCCCACCCACCACAUCGGACGCUGUGUUACCGCCCCAGGAGAACGAGAUCGGCGGCGUUUCCAGCCCUCGAAACGCACCCGCUAUGCAAGCGACCGGGACGGCAACAGUGUCGGCUCGGUCAGCGCCAUCCACAUCGGCGGCAACGCCCGCCACUGACCUCUCUGAGAACGGCGGCAAGAUGCCCACCCCGGACGCGCCAGUAGAAGAGCGCUUCUCGUAUGUGCUCGACUGCGCCCGCCGAGUAGGCUUCGACUGGGACUUUGACGCGCUCGCCACCCAGUACUACGCGCGCGACUUCGAAUCCGGGUCUCCCCUGGCUCUGGAGCAACGGCUGAGCCGGAACCGGCGUCUCCCGGUCCUCUUGGCGCAGCUUCGUCAGCUCUCAACCACGUGGAACCAUUGGCAGCGUCGUGGGUACCAGGACGAGACGCUCAAGACGGCCGAGGAGAUCUGUGCCCGUGAGUGCCGAGACUUCUAUGAGAAAAGGCGGCAGUGGGAGAAAGGCGAAACGACAGAGAGCCAAGGAGAGGAAUGUGGCGGGGAAUCCGGUACAGCGAUGCUGGAAGACCAUUUGCCGAAUUUAUGGGCUUUUCUGACGGGAUUAGCGGCGAGUAAUCCCCUUUUGGAGCACAGUAAACCGACCGCCGUGGCCUCGAUGUGUAUGGAACUACUCUGCGGGGAGGCGCCGGGCAGAUUGCGCCAGGGGGCAGCUUAGCGCUCCGUCGAGCAGCACGUCGGGC